AUGGAAUUGGGAGCAAUACUAUCUAUCGUUCAAACACUUAUUUCUGUACUCCAAUGUUCAGAGCUGAAAGAGAUUUGUUUAAUCCUGGGAUACAAAUCUGAACUCGAUGAUCUCCAACACACCAUCUCUACUAUCAGAGCUGUGCUUCGUGAUGCAGAGGCCAUGCAAGAGCUGUCUGAUGAGAAGCAGCAUCUCAAGGGAGGGGAAGCCUCCAAGAAAGCUUGCCUCUUCUUUUCUCGAUUCAAUCCUCUUGUGGUUGCUUACAAUUUGUCUCGAGGGGUCAAGAAGGUCAGGAAGAAGUUGGAUUCUGUUGCCAGCAAUCACAGGCAGUUUGGUUUUAGUGUUGAUCAUCAGCCUAUAAGGAGGAGAAGAGAGGAGACAUGUUCUUACGUGUAUGCAGGUACUAUUAUUGGGAGAGAGAAUGAUGUAGAAAACAUUGUACAUAUGUUGCAAGGGAAUGUCCAAGGGGAUGUAUCAUUUCUUACAAUUGUCGGGAUUGGGGGGCUGGGCAAAACAGCUCUUGCUCAGCAUGUUUUUAAUGAUGAAAGGAUCAAACAGUUGGAUACAGCAGAAAUUCUUGAUAAAAUUCUGGCUUCUGCCACUGGUCAGAAGGAUGAAAGAUCCACCAUGGAUUGGGUGCAAAGCCAAAAUUUGAUCGGAGGUCAUAAAGGAAGCUGGAUAGUGGUUACAAUACGAUCCCGUGAAACACCAAGAAUCAUAGGAAAUGGUCUAAUAUAUGAGUUGCAAGGCUUGUCUAAAAAGAAUUCAUGGUGUUUGUUUCAAAAGGCGGCAUUUGAAUUAGAACAGCCAAACUCUAAAGAUGACUUGAUUGAAGUUGGGAGAGAGAUUGUCAAAAGAUGUGCCAGAGUCCCUCUUGCUAUAAGAGGGGUCGGAAGUCUUUUGUAUGGUCAAGACAAGAACAAGUGGCUAUCAUUUAUGGAGAUUGGAUUUGCUAAUGUCAGAGAGAGCCAUAAUGAUAUCAUGCCUAUACUGAAGCUUAGCUACCAUCAUCUUGAAUCUCCAUUAAAGAGUUGCUUCAGCUAUUGUGCAUUGUUUCCCAGGGAUUUUGAGAUACAGAAGGAGAUGAUGAAUAGCCUUUGGAUGGCACAGGGCUACAUUGUUCCAUUAGAUGAAGGUCAAAGCAUGGAAGAUGCCGCAGAAGAAUAA